GGGACUUUGGUGCGGGCCCCUGGGAGCGCAGGGGGGCAGCACUGUGUCGGGGUGGGCCGCUCGCGGUCACCUGCCCGCGGGGGCGGAGCGCGGCGCCAAGCGCACCCGCCUCCCGCCUCUCGCUCCCGCCCCGGGAGGAAGCGGAGGGGCGCGGUGUAAACAGAGCGGCGGCCGUGAUGUCAGCCGGUCACAUGGAGCCUCUUAUGGCUCGGGAUGGCUCUCGGCGGGCGGGCAGCUGCGGCAGCUGCUGCUGUGGCUCGGGCGGCGGCGGCGAGAGGGGGCUCCGGGGUCGGACGGUCGGCUCUCCCUGCGCUCUCCGCACCGCGGCGUAAAGGAUGUAUUUUGUGAUCGCAGCGAUGAAAGCUCAAAUUGAAAUUAUUCCAUGCAAGAUCUGUGGAGACAAAUCGUCAGGAAUCCAUUAUGGUGUCAUUACGUGUGAAGGCUGCAAGGGCUUUUUCAGGAGAAGUCAGCAGAGCAAUGCCACCUACUCCUGUCCUCGUCAGAAGAACUGUUUGAUCGAUCGGACCAGCAGAAACCGCUGCCAGCACUGUCGGCUGCAGAAAUGCCUGGCCGUGGGGAUGUCUCGAGAUGCUGUCAAGUUUGGCCGGAUGUCCAAGAAGCAAAGAGACAGCUUGUACGCCGAGGUGCAGAAGCACCGGAUGCAGCAGCAGCAACGAGACCACCAGCAGCAGCCUGGGGAGGCUGAGCCGCUGACACCCACCUACAACAUCUCAGCCAAUGGGCUGACGGAACUGCAUGAUGACCUCAGCACCUAUAUGGACGGACACACCCCCGAGGGCAGCAAGGCCGACUCAGCCGUCAGCAGCUUCUACCUGGAUAUCCAGCCCUCCCCAGACCAGUCGGGAUUGGACAUCAAUGGGAUCAAACCCGAACCCAUAUGUGACUACACACCAGCAUCUGGCUUCUUCCCCUACUGCUCCUUCACCAAUGGAGAGACUUCCCCAACUGUGUCCAUGGCAGAACUAGAACACCUUGCACAGAACAUAUCCAAAUCCCACCUGGAAACCUGCCAAUACUUGCGGGAAGAGCUCCAGCAGAUAACGUGGCAGACCUUCCUGCAGGAGGAGGUUGAGAACUACCAGAACAAGCAGAGAGAGGUGAUGUGGCAGCUGUGUGCCAUCAAGAUUACAGAAGCUAUCCAGUACGUGGUGGAGUUUGCCAAACGCAUUGAUGGAUUUAUGGAGCUGUGUCAAAAUGAUCAAAUUGUGCUUCUAAAAGCAGGCUCUCUAGAGGUGGUGUUCAUUAGGAUGUGCCGUGCCUUUGACCCUCAGAACAACACCGUGUACUUUGACGGGAAGUAUGCUAGCCCCGAUGUCUUCAAAUCCCUAGGUUGUGAAGACUUCAUUAGCUUUGUGUUUGAGUUUGGGAAGAGUUUGUGUUCUAUGCAUCUGACCGAAGACGAAAUCGCGUUAUUUUCUGCAUUUGUACUGAUGUCAGCAGAUCGCUCGUGGCUUCAGGAAAAGGUAAAAAUAGAAAAGCUGCAACAGAAGAUUCAGCUAGCCCUUCAGCAUGUCCUACAGAAGAACCACCGAGAAGAUGGAAUCCUAACAAAGCUAAUAUGCAAGGUGUCUACGUUAAGAGCCCUAUGUGGACGACAUACGGAAAAGCUAAUGGCAUUUAAAGCAAUAUACCCAGACAUUGUGCGACUCCAUUUUCCUCCGUUAUACAAGGAAUUGUUCACUUCAGAAUUUGAGCCAGCAAUGCAAAUCGAUGGGUAAAUGUAGCACCUGAGCACUUCUCGAACAUCUGGAGUACAAACAUGAAAGUAAGAGAGAAAAUAAAAAAGGAAAUGAAACAAUAACAGCGAAGACAAAUUUAACUGAGACACUUUCUAUGGCCCUGCACAGCCCUGGAGCGCCAACACACUGCACAGACAUCUUGUGGUGAUCGGGGUUCAGGCACAAAGGGGAAACAAUCAAAUCCAAUAAAAGCUGAACUUGUUUUGCUCAUGCAUAUGAUUUCCACUAUGCCUACAGAUAUGGACCCUUUUUCUGUCUCAACAUCUAGAGCGGUUGACCUCGGCAUAUAACAGGAGGAGGGGACUACAGUCGGAGGAGUCCUUUUCUCGUAGCUCACUGCCCACAGACUCUUACGGGUAACAACAGAGUCCAGCAUUAAUCGGUGACCCCGGUGUGUUAUGGCGGGAGUUGCGGCGUUACUUUGCACAGCUUGCUUUUCUGUGUCAUGAAGGAAGAUUUUUGUUUCUCUCACCGAUUAUUGCCGGUCAGCAGGAUGGCGUGAAAAGGGGAUCCAUAGCGCUCGCAACAAUAGCAUUAUAAUAUAUUACACAGGGUAAAUGGGCAUGAAGACUAUAUAUAGCUAAAGAGAUAUUGUUUAUAUAUUGUUUUAAUUAAUAUAAAAUGUAGUGACUGGCGUAGCUUUUCCUGUUGAAUUGAUAAGGCACUUUCCGUUUUGCACCUUUUUGUUUCCUUUAAAUUAAAUGCUAGCGUGUUCACUGUCGCCGUGUCGCAUGUACACCAGAAACACAAGUUUAGCUGAGAAGGCUUGGAAGGUACGUCGGGAGGUAUUUAUGCUGCUGUUUACAAGAAAAAAAAAAAAAAAAAAAAAAAAAAAAAAAAAAAAAAAAAAAAAAAAAAAGCAAACAAAAAAUAAUUACUUUUAAAAGACUGGCUGGUCAUAUCCAGAAAUCAACAUGUUGAAUUUUUUUCCCACCUGUAAAUUUGGAAUUAGUAAUGGACUGCUCCCUAAAUCAUUCUUUGUUUUGCAUGCAAUUGAGAAUGGGUGUGUUUAUGCUUCAUCCAGAAUUGAAGGAGUGUCUGGUGCUGUGGGCUUAAACCAUGUGUGCAUUUUUUUUUUCUUUAAGUUUUUAAAAUGCUACCUUUGGGAGGUGAAGGAGGAGAGGCUCGUUUAACACAAGUCAGUAGUCACAGGGACAUAGUGUCAUCUUGCAGUUCUGAUACUUUCAGAACAAAUUAGCAGCUGGGAUAUUACUAGAUUCUAGUGCUUAUCUAGAGGAAGGACCCAAAGAUUCUACGUGGAGCAGACACACUCCCCACGGGAAGCAUUCGUUGAAUGUCUUGUGUUCUUGGCAUCGGGAGCCCUAAGAAGUCACCUCGGAGUAAACUGACCCUAGACUAGCUGUCCCAGAUUCUAGACUGCUGUUCUCUGUAUUGGGUAGAUGGUGGGUGAAGAGGGAGGGAGACAGUGUUGAACCUGGUUCCUAUGUAUAAGAUAUGCCUUCAGAGUGAAGGUGGCACCAGUUGCAGACAUUUGUGUAUGUAUCCUCACUAGAAAACUGUGGACUGUAAUUUAUUUUAUUAAAUAUAUAGAAGAUAGUUUGGCUUUUGUGUUCAGGUAAGAAGUAUUGAGGGUUUGAUUCAUUUUUGCAGUUUUUAAAAAAUAAUCCCCACUGGAAGGAGGAAGGAGCUUUCUUAUGUUCAUAGGUAUGCAUAUUUUAAGACCAAGUGCCCUGGGAUUAGAGAGAUGAUGCUUCAGUGGUCAAGAGUGCUGCUUAUUAGCUCUAUCAGAGGACCAAAGCCUGGAACUCAGCAAGCAGAUCAGGCAAUUCACAAAAGCCUGUCUCAUCAGCCCCAAGAUAUCAGUGUCCCUUUCUGGCCGCGCGCACGCGCACACGCACACGCACACGCACGCGCGCACACACACACACACACACACACAGAGUGAGAGACAAACAUAAAAAUAAAUCCUUUAAAACAAGUGCUCUCUUGAGAAUUUAAGAAGCAUUUAGGAGAUGACUUUGGUCACAAGAUACUGGUCUGGCAUCAAAGAUCAUAUCUGUACACAAAAAGGGAACAUCUGUGGUAUAAGGGGCAGGGGCCACAUUUAUGAAGCCCUAUAUACCUGACUGCCUCCUCUGCCGACAUUUCUGUUCCUGCUGAUGUCCAUCUGAUGGCUUCCCAGGGCCAGCUUCCCAGAGCACUUCACAAUUUUUAACUUCACUGACUUUCUGCCUUAUUUACUGAGGGACUUGGAAAGUAGGAAGGAAUUAUUUAUAUAGAAAUGUGUAGGGGAAGCCUAAAUAACAUCUAAUUUUUUUUCAAAAACAUAGUAAGGGUUUAACCAUAAACAGGGGAAUGAUAUUUACUUAAAUUUCUUACAAGCAUAGAUAAUUUUAUGUGUUUAUAUGGAGAGGUUAGUGGUCAGCAUAUAGUAUUUAUAUUUGGGCAAGAAGGGGUAAAUCAAAAUUUUAUUUAAACAUAGUUCCUUUAAAGAUUAAUAGUAUUUAUAUUCUGAAGAGAGUACAGUUUUGUUAUUUAUUUGCCCUUUUUUUCCUGUUGUUUCUCCUUUGUGAGGGAAUGGUGUGAGAUUUGGGUUUGGUUUUUGUUUUUCCCUUCUCGUUUAGUUCUUCAGAGUCACUAAAUUUGGGGAUAGAUUUAGUAAAGUAUAUUAACUUCAUUUUAACCAAAGCUUUCUGCAUAUGACCAGCCUCAGGUGCUAGCGCACUAAAGAGCAACUAAACCCAAUUCCAGUGUCCACAUGUGACUAAGGAGAGCUGGCUGAGCAUCUCUGAGGGUGAGAGAGAGAGAGAUAGAGAGUGUGUGAUAUCGAACUUCAGAGACAUUCAUUUUCCCAGGAAGGAUUCUGUAUGUACCUAAUGGAAACCACAAACACAAGAUACUCCAAUCUCAGUACUAUGCCAUGGUAACAUUGCUUUUACAACACACCAGGAGAGAGCGGUAUGACUGCGUCCAGGUGUUCAUGAAAGAAAAGCAGGAAGUUGGCUUUCAGAGCAAAGUCCUCUGACAUUGUAGGGAUGGAGCUGUAGAGCCAGAUGUGCUCUGAGAAACUGAGAGGACAACUGACUAGGAUUUGUACCUAAGUUGAGAGUCACGGUGAGUCCAACACAGGAUGUAAAGCUUUGGCAUUUUUCUUUUCUUCCCGAUUGUGAGAACCACUUGUGUAGUGCCACAAGGUGGUUGAUGGCACAGAAGCAUGAGGCUUAAUAGUUCAUGUCGUUAAAGUUGCCUGAACUUGAAGGCUCCCCAGUCUCCUGGGGACUGAACCAUAUUGUUGUCGGCUGAGCUGCAAGAGUGCCAUCAGGUAGCUUUUUUCUACAGAAGCUAACUGAGGCUUUCAUACAAAAUCUGAAUGUUGUUACUAUGAUAUGCAAACGAUCCAGGGACGUCCUGAGAAGCUGGCCUUGGCCACAAAGAAAUCCAAAGUGCAGUUGAAAACACUUUUUAGAUAGACCACAAAUUGUGCUAAGGCUAUGAAUUUGGGGUCCCUUUUUGGUUUUGUUUUGUUUGAGGCACUCAGUAUUCUAAUUGGUAUUAAAUCCAUGCAUUUUCUUCCCCCCAAAGUCUUUAACAUCCUGAUCCAUCCUUCCUAACUUAAGGAAAACAUGACUUAAGACACUGCUUCUAAGUUUGGUUGUUCUUUAGCCAGUGGAUACAGAUCUCUGUGAGUAGAUGGGGGUGGGCUGAGGGUCAGGGGAGGAAGGAGCGUGCUUGCCUGUGUGUGUGUGUGGCUUUUGUGUGUAUGAAGUAUGUAUGUUAGACCGCUUCUAGGCUACUAAGUGUCAAUGGAAAAGAAGAUGUAUUCAAAAUACAUAAAUCAAAACUAGAAGAUGGAAAAAAAGAUUUAUUCUAUACAAAGCCUUGUCUGGACCACUCUAGAGAGACUUCUAUUUUUUUAACCCUCUAUAAAUAUUUGAUGGCACUAGAAAUAUUCCUGCAAUAAAAUGUGAUUUGUGUAAAGAAAAAAAAAGAUUUUGUAAUGUGAAACAAAGAAAGAAAGUAAUGUAAUUUUCUAAAAAAAAAAAUACAAACAAACUUUGUAUUAUUUUCUUGAUGGAAUUUGCCUAUCUGUCUUUGGAAAACUUUUUAUUUCAUUGAAUGUGCCAUAGUAGAUGUGCGUGCUUUUUGUUUUAGACUAAGGGAUGGCUGUUUGUGUUCCGACAUUCCAAAAUGCAAAGCAACUUAGCAGAAGCCUUGCUGAGGAGGCUUCGGUAGGAUGCAAGCGUCUCUCCUUGUUGCUUUUUUUGCACACGUCUUUUAAUUCUUACCUAGUGCAAUAUCUGUACAUAGAGCACUUGCGGGUGUACAUUGAUCCCUCAGGGAAAAACACAUAUUUGUACAGUUGUUGGGUUUGUUUUGGUUUUUUGUUUGUUUUUUGAUUUAUUUUCCUUUUUUCGUUUUUGGCUAUGGAAUGUCGAUCGAAUCACUUGUUAUUGUUGAGAGGCAGCCAGAUAAUCAGCCUAAAGCCACUGUUUCAAACACCGAUUGUUUGAGUCAUGUCUUUCCAGUACUAUUAUUUUAAAAUGAUAAUAAUAAUAAUAAUAAUAAAAAGCUAUUUUCUGACA